AGUGGAGGCAUUUGAGUCAGGGUACACAUGCCUCAGCUGUAAGAGGCCCUACUCCCCUUGGCUGGCUGGCAUCCCAGAGCAGAGGCACAGAGAGACAGAGAGGGUAGAGCGUGAGAGACAGAGGGUGAAGAGAAAGUUAAAGUGUAAAGUAGACGAGGAAGAGGCAAACCAGUGAUAGAGAAAGUUGUCUAAAAGAAAGGAAAAAGGAUUAGGGACUGAUUUCUGUGCAGCGUGGGUCCUGUAGGUUGAUUUUCGGCUGUGUACUCUCAUCUGUAGUGAGUUUGCAAGCGGUUCGUAUUUGGAGUCGACAACCAUGGCGGAUACAGGUGUCAAGAAGGAGCACACAGCCCUGGCAGAAGUGCCUUAUGAUGACGAAGAGGUAGCCCUGGUGGGUGCUGCCACCGAGCCGGCAGUAGAUGACGAUGACCCCGCUGAGGAGGUGGACCUGGUGCUGGCCACGGGCUCCGGAGGCAAGAGUGAAGCCCAGAUGAACGGGGUCAUGGUUCUGUCUCUGCUAGACAAGAUUAUCGGGGUGGUGGACCAGAUCCAGCAGACCCAGAAUGGCCUCGAGGCCCGGCAGGAGGCCAUGGAGAAGUCAGUGUCCACCAUCCAAGGGGAGCUGGCUAAGCUGUCCAAGAACCACAUUGGCACUGCCACCACUGUCAACAAAAUGCUGGAAAAGGUACGCAAAGUCAGUGUCAACGUCAAGACGGUGCGCAGCAACCUGGAGAAGCAGGCAGGCCAGAUCAAGAAGCUGGAGAGCAACGAGAACGAGCUGCUCAAGAGACGCAACUUCAAAGUCCUCAUCUACCAGGAUCAAGUGAAGGCACCGAAGCCAUCCAAAGACAAGACAGCAAAGACAGUAGCUGAAGGUAAAGCAGUGGAGGGCCUUGAGCAGAUAUCUGAGGAGGGACAAGAGGGACUCCCAGCCAAUCUCAAUUCAGAUGAGGAGGUGGAGAUCGAGGAGAUUAUUGAAGAGUCUCGUACCAAGCGCCUCCAACGCAGCACCAAGCAGCAAGUGGACAACAUAAAGAAAGCCUUCUCCAAAGAUAAAAUGGAGAAGACCAAACUAAAGACCAAGGAGAACUUGGAGAAGACCAAGCAGAGAACCCGCGAGAACCUGGAGAAAACAAGACAAAGAACCCGCGACAAUCUGGAGAAAACUAAGCAUAACCUGGAGAAGAAGAUUGGCAAGAUCGGGACCCGAAUGACACCCAACCUGGAGCGCAGGGCGAAGAUGAAGAGCUCCAAAGACAAGAUGAAGAAGUCCCUAACCCCUGACCACACGAUCUACGCUCGGUCCAAGACCACUGUGUACCGUGUGCCCCCCUUCACCUUCCAUGUUAAGAAGAUCCGAGAAGGGGAGGAGGAGGUGGUGCAGAACACAGAGAUGGUGGAGGUGACCGAGGCCGAGGGCCAGCCAGGGGGAGAGGAGAACGGGCUUGGUGUGCACGUGGAGGUGGAAGAAGGGGAGCUGGUGAGUGUAGACAGCCCAGAGAUGGAGGCUCUGUUGGUGGUGACUGAGGAUUCUCAGCUGGUCAGGGUGGAGCCAGACCAGCUAAAGAAGGCCCAAAGUGAAUAGAGCAUCCCAGCUCUGCAGGGAGAAAUAAAUGGGUGAAGAAGGGAACGAAGUCUUGAUGAAUGAAUCUAAUCACAAGGACACAAUCUUAGUCGUAGGAACUUUCUAGACAUGAUCACAAUCUAUGAUAUCUCAUUUGUUUUCUGUUCUCUUUUUAUUGUACCCAAUAAGAAUGACUUUCAUAUUUGCUUCUCUUUAGCAUAUAAAUAAAAAAACAAACAAAAAAAACAAAGCUAGAUUUGGAAACAUGCUGCAGGUUGAAUGGCCAUCCCAGACUUGUAUGUUUAGGAUAUUUGCUGUUUUUUGUUGAUUUGAUAAAUUGAGCGGCGAUAAAAAAAAAAAAGGUAUAAAUAGUUUUUGCUAUUGAGAUGUAAUUUAUAAUAUAAUGUUUACCAUGUAUGACAUGCACAUUAAUAAGUAUGGUAACAGGAAGUUGUGGGCAUGAUUUAUGUUCUAAUGGCUUAUGGUUUUAGUGAUGUAAUGUGCAUGUGUGAAAGAAAAAAACUGAACACAAAGGCAAGGAUUAGGCCUAAGAAAUAAGAAAUAAAGAACUGGGGAGGAAGGGGGCAAGGGAAUGGACUUGAAGCGUUUCCAAAAACAAUACCCCUGAUAUGCACAAUGCCUCAAGGGCAUAAUGCUUAUUUACUGCCAGUCACUCAGGCAUUGUGCCAAAUGUUAAUUAUAUUGUUUUUCAUUUAAUUACAAAUAUAAAGUACUGAAAAUAGAAGCAUUAUGUCUGUAGAAUACUAAGAAAAAAGAUAAUGGCAAUUGUUUAUAAUCAUCCACAGCUGAGUUUUAAAUUAUACUGUAUUAUGUAGGGCAAUAUCGCUUGCCACUCUAUCAUAGGUCCUUAAUUGGUCACUCAUUUCAGCCAAAAUGUAUACAGUUAAUGAAAUACUAAAAAUUGAUAAUAAUGAAAUUUAGAAUGUAACCUUUGCUACAAUGUAUCUUUACAAUGCAUGCUUCAAAACACUUUUUGAUUAUCAUUUACUGUAUUGUAUUCACUCACCGCGUCAUAUUUAUCGCAUAUGGACAUGUUCCACUUACCAAGUUUCACAAAGUACACUGCUGCACCGAGGAGAAGAGAAACAACUGUCACCAUGGUCACAGCUCUUCAUAGUACAUUUGCACAUCGCUAUUAAAUUUUCCUGAGGUAAUUGCGGGCGGAAAAAUGAUGGUCCGGAGAGCAAGAUGACAGUUUAAUGAGUGACUACGUAACACGUACGUAACGGAGAUGCAAAUGUCAUCCUAAAUGCAGUUAAAUGGAGGCAGCACACUGCCAGGUAUUAUGAAUGGCAUGGCCCUUUAAUAAAUGUCAGAACAACGGAACAGCAUGAUCCAGUCCACAAACGUUUUUACAGAGACCAGGUGCAGUCUUGUGUACAUCCUCUGAUAUAUAAAAGGAAUGUCCACGAUAACAGAAAAAAACUAUGUGACCAUGGAUCAUAGAAUUAUCAUUAUCGCUGUAGAGAAGAUGAUGGUGGAUGAUUAGAGGAAGCUAUGAUAAUUGGGUUGUAAUUAUUCUGUAAUUAUUCUGGCAUAAACUGAAAAUGGCCAUGCUCAAUUACCGCCACUUUUGAUCAUUUAAGCCUACAUGUACAAGGCUACAGAUGGAAACAAGGUGAAUGUACGGUCAAGGGCCUGUGUGUGACCUCGAUGUGGUGUAGGCGCGCAGAAGCCCACUGUGCAGCAUGGAGCACCAUGAAAAUAAUCAAUGGGCUGGGGAAUGCAAUUAAGGAGAGUGCUUCCUCUGAGCACUGAGCAGGGUAGAGAACUGUGAGACGGACACAGAGAGAAAGGAUAUGUGUAUGUAUGUAUGUGCGUGUGUGUGUGUGUGUGUGUGUGUGUUUGUGUGAUAGUGAAGAGUAGUUGCAUACCAUAUACCCACACCGAUAUUUUCGUGAGACUCCGAGUUGGUCAGCAUCAAGUGGAAAUUUCAUUAAGGGCGCAAAGAAAUCAACUGCGGGCCUCUGACAUCACACAGGCUUGGAAUUAUUAUAGUGUGUUUUUAUUGAUUUUUUUUUUUUUCCGACAAAAAUAUGUACGUCGUCUAGCACAUUAAACACUGAAACACUUGUAAGAAAUUGGUCCAUUUGAAAAAAUAUGUUUUUGCCACCAUGUAUAUUUUGCCCUGUUUUAAGCUACUGGUUAUUAAAAAACUGAAGCUAGCUUAUAUAUAUAUAUAUAUAUAUAUAUAUAUAUAUAUAUAUAUAUAUAUACAUAUAUGAAUGUUAGUCAAAUAAAAUAAUGUAACAGAUAAUUACAAUAGGUAGGUGUUAUUAAUAAUAAAGCUUGCUUAUUCUGUUGUGUUUAAGGCCUCUUUUGCCU